AUGGCACAAAUGCAGAACGAAUUUGCCGAGCGAUUCGAAGGUCUAGCAAGUAAAAUAACAGCUUACGAAAAGCACAUGCAGGAGAAGGACAAGCUGAUUUUAGACCUGAAAUCACAGGUCGCUGUUCUGCAAGAACAAGUAGAUAGGCAAUCUCAUGAAUCCCUUAGAUAUGAGCUGGACAUCCUGGGUCUCACUGAAACUCCCAACGAAAACCCCUACCACCUGGUUUUGACAACUGCUCAGAAAAUAGGGCUAACCAUGGACGAGCGUGACCUUGAUUAUGUGAGGCGAGUAGGCCCACGGGGUAAAGAGGCAGAGGACAGACUGCCCCGCCCUCUGGUGGUCUCCUUCACACGUAGGACUAAGAGAAAGGAGUUCCUCAAACAAGCAAAAGCUCGGCGUUGCCUCGAUAGCAAGAAUGUCGCUGGAAGCGGACCUGAAAGGAAGAUGUAUGUCAACGAACGUCUCACCACUGGAAACCGACAGUUAUUUCGGGCCGCCCGAAUCUGGACCAAAGCUCAAGGAUUCAAACAUUGCUGGGUCAGAAAUGGCACAGUCUACGUUCGGAAAGGAGAAGGCCGAGAUGGAAGCCCAGCAAUCCCAAUUCGAACAUCUGAAGAUCUACAGAGGAUGUCAGCCAAGAAUAUACAUAACUUGCAGCCAAGCGAAUAG